UUACGGAUUGCCUUUUUUAGAUAGGGUGAGUAAAGUUUUGAUUGGUGGAUAAUUGUUGGCCGACGUUUUCAGGUGAAAGAGAUGGCGAACCAGGAAAUGGAUUUUCAUUUCAAAUAAAACCGAAGAAACUAAUCGGUGAUCUGAUUUAUUGUACUCAAUGGCGGCGGUGUCGUCAACAGCAUACCAUGGAAAUCCGGAGCUCACCUUCAGGCCUCGACUUCGCCGCUUGUUUCCGUCUAAUGUCAAUGCCACCAGCCAGAGGUCUGUAGCUAUGGCGUCCAUUAAGAAGGUGAACAAGUAUGAUCCGAGUUGGGAAAAGAAAUGGUUCGGUGCUGGGAUAUUCUAUGAGGCAACUGAAGAUGUGGAGCUCGACGUCUUCAAAAAGUUGGAAAAGCGUAAGUUCUUGAGCAACGUGGAGAAGGCAGGAUUGCUCUCAAAGGCAGAGGGUCUUGGUUUCACUCUCUCCUCUAUAGAGAAGCUAGGCUUGUUCUCCAAGGCCGAAGAGCUCGGUCUGCUAAGCCUGCUCGAGAAAGUGGUUAGCUUGUCACCAUCUGCAUUGGCCUCAGCGGCGCUGCCCGUUCUUACGGGCGCCAUUCUGUGCAUAGUGUUGAUUCCAGAUGACUCCGCUGAGCUUGUGGCUGUACAGGCAGUUUUGGCUGGAGUGCUCGGGGUAGGAGCUGUUGGGUUGUAUGUUGGGUCUGUGGUUUUGGAAGGGUUGCAAGAAACUGAAUGAAAAGGCUAUCAUAGGAGUCGUAGCAUAGGAGGACCAGUGCCAUAAAAAUAGCGGUCUGUUGUUCUAUUCUAUGGCACUUUUUAUCUAUAUGGAUUUUGCCAUUUUUAUCUAAUAUGUAUAGUACUCCGUAUUAUACUCCGUAUCACUUGUUAUUUAAAAAAAAUCGUUGGUAAGAAAAGAACUUAUGAAAAGACAAUACUAAACACCAUCGAUCUAAAGUUGCCAAUUUUGCUCAAACA